AUGGCUGCUAUGUCUGGAGAACAUGCUGGUCACGAUAUGGGCAACAUGGCAACAUCUAGCACUACAGAUGCUGUAUCCAGCGCUACUUCUAGUACGCACGAUAUGGCUGCUAUGUCGCAUGAUCAUGCUGGUCACAAUAUGGAAUCCAUAGCUACAACUAGUGAUCAUCAUCACCAUACCAUAGAAUCAACUGUGUCAUCUUCAGCUGGAAAUGAGACAGCAACUAUUACCAGUCAAUUUGAAAAUGGUGCUGGAUUGAUCCUGAUUGGAAGCACCGCUCUUUUCCUUUUGGCGUGGUCAUUGGUUUAAGUGCACAGGAUACUCCUAGUUUGGCUUUAGCCUAUUUUGUUAACAGUAUAUAAAAAAAUAUGCCUAAU